ACAAAUACUAUACAUCAAACCUUAUUUAAAAAAAAUCCAAAUAACAGUCAUAAAUUUUAGGUCCACAGUCAUUGAAACUUUUAAAACUCUAAAAGUAAUCACAGUCAUAAAUAUUAGGUCCCAUCCUGUCAUUGAAACUUUUAAAACUCUAAAGUAAUCACAGUGUCUGUCUACGUGGUCAUAACACAGCCUCUAACCUCAACUUCUCACAACUUUGUCAACAUAAACAACAAAACUCUUCCAAAUCUCAUAUUUUCAGAUCAAAAAAUCGGAUCGCUUCACCAUCUCGGAGGAACAAAUAUGGACAAAGGCGACGAAUUUCAACCCCUCACAAUUCUGAUCACAGGGGUGAGCAGAGGGUUAGGGCGAGCCUUAGCGCUAUCAUUGGCAAAGCGGGGCCACACUAUCAUUGGCUGCGCUCGUACUCCCAAUGCCCUCCACUCUCUUCAAAAGGAACUCGCCGCACUCUCCCCUUCCUCUUCUCACACCCACUUACUCCAAAUCACCGACGUGACCUCAAAUGGUAGCGUUGAGGAACUAUUUCAAGCUGUCUUGGAAAGAAAUCUUGUUCCUGAUAUCCUUGUAAACAACGCCGGUGUGAUCAAUGAAAAGUCCAAGUUUUGGGAGAUUCCUCAAGAUGGGUUUGAUUGUGUGAUUGAUACGAAUGUAAAAGGGACAGCAAAUGUUCUUCGGCAUUUCAUUCCUCUUAUGAUCCGAGGAGGAAAAGGAAUUAUCGUUAACUUCUAUUCAAUGUGGGGAAGAGAUGGUGCUCCCAUGUUUUCUCCCUAUAGUGCCUCUAACUGGGCAAUUGAGGGCUUGACCAAAUCCAUAGCUUUGGAGCUGCCUAAAGGAAUGGCUAUUAUAGCACUUGAUCCUGGUAUUGUGAACACAGACAUGCUUGCUAUUAGCUUUGGCGAUUCAGCACCUGACUACCAAAAUCCUCAACAAUGGGUAGUAAAGGCGAGCACAAUGAUCCUUAGUUUUACAUCGGAAAAUAAUGGAGCGUCUCUCACUCUUGAAUGAGGUGGAGCUUGAGUGAUGAACUUCAG